CAGGAAGUCUCCUGUUUUAGUUUGCAGGCUAGUUAGCCAGCUAGCCUUGCUGCUAGCAACACAGGGAGGUCGCAGUGAUCCAGGAAAUGUUUUAAUCGUGUUGACAACAGGUCAGUGUCCCCGCUAACAGAGCUUUUAGUCGGAUGCAAGUGUGGGUAAAAGUGCACCGUAACAUGAAGUCAUGGAGGAGCGGAAGCUAAAGAGAAAGAGCCCAAGGACCUCCACCAGCACCGCGGCUCCGACCGGGGGCUCCGGCCGGAAGAACAGCGCUUCCACCGGGGGAAGGCACGUCGGCUCCGGCUUCAACACAGGAACCAACCAGAAGAGCAAGAGGAGGGGAGUCAGAGAUAAACCCAGGUGUCAGGCGGGUUCAGGGGGGAAAACGAAUCAGAACCAGGGCCAAGCAGCACCGAUCAUCCAGCACUCGUUUCUGACGGAUGUGUCAGACGUCCAGGAGAUGGAGAAGGGCCUGCUCAGUCUCCUCAAUGACUUCCACUCAGGGAAACUACAAGCUUUUGGCAACGAGUGCUCCAUCGACCAGAUGGAGCACGUGAGAGAGAUGCAGGAGAAGCUGGCCCAUUUGCACUUUGACCUCUAUGGAGAGGUGGACGAGAUGCCGGAGGACCAGAGGAAAACGGCCUGUGACACCAACAUGGACAAGUUGCUUCUAAAUCUUGAGGAGCUGAGUUCUUCUAUUCAGAAGCUGAAUCUCGCUGAUACACAAGAGAUCCCGAGGACUGCCAGCAUGUGAUUUCGUCUCCUCUGUCUUUUCUCAACCUCAUAUGAUCUACUUCUGUUAUACCACACAGAGAAGGUGGAGUUGAAGCGGCUCACCAGCGUUCCCCGUCUGCACAGCGGUAUGGAUGUAUCGUAAGAUGUCCGAAUAAGGAUGCACCAACAGCUUUAUGUUUACUGCAGCAGCGAGUGCAAAAUACAGUGUAUGUAGAAAAUAGCACAGAGUAAUGAGGAGAGUACAGUCUAUUUUACACAGUGGCUUUGGUGCAUCCCUAUUGUGGCUUCUUCAAAGUCAAGUUGUAGUCAGUUCCCUUGUUUCCAAACAUUCUGCAUUUGCAAUUCUUUGCUUACCAAAGUCAAACUGCCAAUUGGAAUUGAACCGACUGCAAACUUUUCAGUUUCACUUCGAUUUUUAUAAACUCACUCUGCACUUUGUCGCAUAUCUUGUCACAGGGGGAGCCGUGUCUGUGACGUCACUCACCAAACACCCGUCAUUACGCGUUUAAAAUAUAGAUACAGAGAAUGUCAAUAAUCGUUUCUCAACAUAGAACCUAAAACCCAAGCAUAGGUCUGAUCUGUGAGAUGAUUAAAAAACUGUCAUAGUUGUAAUAACAUUUGACAAUAGAAACUGUGCUUAAUGUCCGGUCUGUGAUUUUGCAUUUGAUUUCUUGCUACAUUGUGAGUGGCCUGAUAUCCCCUCCAGCACGCUGCUCGCUCAGUGUUGAAUAUAUUUGCACAUAUCCAUGCAACAUGCAAGAUGCACUCGUCAGUGGUGUGUUGGUCUGACGCUGGAAGAGACGGAAUAAUCCAAAUGUUGACACCACACCCAUGCCUUAAAUUUUUAAUUUAAUCAUAUUUGCCUUGUCUAACCUGUUGAUGGACCAUGUUGACUUUAGGUUCUGAUCAUAUAAUCAUUUUGAUGCUGCUUUGAUUGUAAAUCCAACCUUAUUUGUUUCACAUCAUAUUUUAACCAGUGUUGUGUUGGGUGGGAGUAGUUUGAACUGUUUUACUUUGAACUGUUUGCUGGAUUUUACUUUUAAUGACUUGUUAAUAAAUGUCUUGUCUGACCCUU